UGACGACGAGCCGUCCCUUACGACUUGUCUGCGUGCUCGUUCACCCACCUGAACGCGCCAGUCAUUGAAACUAGUCCAGGCUUGUGUGGGUAACAACAGGGGACCACGAGCCAAAAGCAGCCCUAAUGGCAGAGUGGAACGCAUACUACCAUAAUGAGGAUGAGGAGGAAGAGCAGGAGGAAGGAGAGCAAUCUGGAGGAGAUUACAAAGUCACAGGGAGAGACAGUUUGGUGUUUUUGGUUGAUGCCUCCAAGGAAAUGUUCAUCAAAGGCGAAGACGGACAGCCCUCCAACUUUGACAUGACAAUGGAGGUGGUGCGCAGCGUGUACACCAGUAAGAUCAUUAGCAGUCACAGGGACCUGGUGGCUCUGGUUUUCUACGGCACAGAACAGAGCAAAAACCCCAGGAACUCAUUCAAGCAUGUGUACGUGUACCACGACCUCGACGAACCUGGUGCGAAGCGAGUGCGGGAUGUGGAUGGUCUGCAGGGUGAUAAAGGCGCCCAGCUAGCAGCAGACACCAUGGGCAGUGGAGAGACUUCGUUGGGUGACGCCCUGUGGUGCUGCGCCAACCUUUACAGUGACAUCAAGCUUCGCCUCUCACACAAGAGACUCAUGAUCUUCACCUGCAGGGACGAUCCACACGGAGACGACAGUACAAAGGACCGUCAGGCUCGCACCAAGGCCAGUGACCUCAAAGAGACAGGUGUUGUCAUAGAUUUGAUGCACAUGAUGAAACCAGGCGGCUUCGAUGUCUCACUCUUUUUUUGCGACAUUGUAAGUCCGCCAGAGGAUGAGAGCGAGUUGGGGUUGCAGCUGGAGCCCUGUGAUAAACUGGACGACUUGAAGAAGAGGGUGCGAGCCAAGGAGCAGAAGAAGAGAACCAUGUCCAGGUUAAACCUCUGUCUGGGUAAGGGUAUAAACGUAGCUGUGGGAAUGUAUGCAACAGCUGUGAUGACCCGAAAACCUUCAGCAAUCAGACUUUACAGGGAAACCAACGAGCCAGUCCGCAGCAAAACCCGCACCUUCCACACCCAGACUGGCAGCCUGCUUCUGCCCAGUGAGAUAAAGAAAGCCCAGGUGUACGGUAAAAAGCAGAUAGUGAUGGAGAGGGACGAGGUGGACACCAUCAAGAGGUUUGAUGAUCCUGGAUUGUUGCUCAUGGGAUUCAAACCUAUGGAGAAGCUCAAACUGCAUCACCACAUCCGACCCGCUGUCUUCCUCUAUCCUGAAGAGGACGAGGUUAAAGGCAGCACAUGUCUGUUCUCCGCCUUGCUGAUGAAGUGUAGGGAGAAGAACGUGUUCGCCCUGUGCCGUUGCAUCUCCCGCCGAAACUACCCGCCUCGAUUUGUUGCCCUGGUGCCUCAGAAAGAGGAGGUCGAUCACGGGAAAGUGCAGAUUACACCACCAGGUUUCAACGCCAUCUUCCUGCCGUAUGCUGACGACAUACGGACUGUGGAUGCUCCUCAGUGCCCGGUUGCUUCACAAAUGCAGGUGAACAAGAUGAAGGAGAUCGUCUCCAAACUCCGCUUCAAAUACAGGAGUGAUGCAUUUGAGAACCCAGUCGUUCAGCAGCAUUACAGGAACCUGGAGGCCUUGGCUCUGGACAUGAUGGCCCCAGAAGACACAGAGGACCUCAUCAUGCCAAAGGUGGAGCAGAUUGACCAGCGUCUGGGUCCUCUAGUCCAGGAGUUUAAAGAUCUGGUCUACCCCAACGGUUACAACCCUGAAUCCAAACCAGCUGCCAAACGCAAAACCGCAGAUACCGGAGGCGGAGCUGAGAAGAAGCCCAAAAUGGAGGUGUCAGAGGAUGAGCUGAAGGCCCACAUGCAGAACGGCACCCUGGGAAAGCUGACAGUGCCCAUACUGAAGGAGGCCUGUAAACAGUUUGGGAUUCGGACCACUGGGACUAAGAAGCAGGAACUAUUAGAUGCUCUAACUGCCCGUCUGGGCUCAUGAAGUGUUAGAUAUCUGACUGUAGUAACUGGUUUAGAAUUUAGACCUGCUAGAUCUAGACCUGUUGCUUUACCCCUUUUUUAAAAGCAACAUGGUUCAGUGCCUGAUGUCUGUGGUUCAUAUUCCAGUCCCACGUUUCAUAAAUAAUGUUUGAAUGUUAAAAAAAUAUGAUGUGGUUUACACUGUAUUAUAAACAUGGUCAUGAAAGUAUCAUAAACUUGUAGAUAAUCUUGAAUUUUCAUUAAUAAAACACAAACCCUUUA